AUGUCUACUCUUCGUCCUCCUUCCAGUCCUUCACCUUCUCCUCUCAAUGCUGAUCACGCUCGCUCUGCUCGCGCUUCCAUGGGUCCUCGCCAAACUCUAGCGCCAGCUUCCCCUCGUCCCGGUGGAGGAAGUAGUGCUCGUCCCACAAGCGAACUACUCGGUAGCGCGACCAUGUUUCAAACCCCAGAAUCGGAGGCAAUCGACCAAUGGUUUGAGAAUCUCCAAAACUACGAAGAGACUCUUGAGGAGAUGGCUGCUGCAUCCUUGGAUGUCAAUUUCAAGGAAGAAUUAAGUGCCAUUGAGCAAUGGUUCAAGGUCCUUUCUGAAGCAGAGCGCACUGCUGCUCUUUACAGUCUUCUUCAACAAUCUACCCAAGUUCAAAUUCGAUUUUUCAUUACCGUUUUGCAGCAGAUGGCGAGGUCAGAUCCGAUGACCGCUCUCUUGAGCCCUGCUAUUGGUGGUUCGAUGCAGAGUCAGAUGGAAGCUAAGUUAGCCCAGAUGACGUUGAAGAGCCCCGCGCUUAAGUCGCCUAUGCCCGCCUCUCCUCGCGUAUUCAGUGGCAGUCAGAACAGGCAAUCCCUUGCACUCGAUACCACUUCUUCUGGGUUUCUUUCCCCAGACUCAGCUGCAAUGGGAUCUAGCAAUGACGCAGCCGCCACUCUUGCCCAUCAACGCGCUAAGCUAAAGGCCAGCAAUGCAGCACAUAGGAUUUCCGCACCCAUUCUUGCGUCUGGCAGCAGUGAUUCGCGUACCUCCUGGGGAUCUGCACUCAGUCAAGUCGCAGAACAGAAUAUCAACUCUCCUGCACAGGAAAUUGUUGUUCCGUCUGUUGGCAACAGCUCAAGGCCCAAAAGCACUGAGUUUAGCGGCUCUCUCGGAACACCACGCGCUGGAGUUGAGGCGUUGUCCCCUAUGGUCGGCGAUAGCUGGGCCAGCAAUGUCAAUACACCCUUGAUUCCUAUGUUCUCUAAGGAUACACAUUCCCAUCUCGACGUGGCAGCUGCCAAGCUUAGUGACUGGAAUCCUGGUGCACGUGUUCCCCUCAUGGCCGAUCCGAAGUCCUUCCGUCGGCCGUCGAGGGGUAACGGAAGUGCAAACCCUCCUGCUCCGGACACCAACGUACAAGCAAACAACAAUAUAUAUGAUAAUGAGGGCAAUCUUGUUUCUCAACAGCCAUCCGGUCAGCGUCGGAACGUUAGCCAGGGUUCCAACGCCAACAACGCACAGCUUAAUCUCGGCCAACAGCCAGGCAACUGGAACAGUAGUAGGAGUCCUGCGCUACCUCAGUCGAACAGGUUCGGCGGGGAAGAUGUGAACGGCCCCCUGAACGGGCUGGGCAUGAAUGGGUUCAACAUUGGUGGACUCGGUAGCCCUGGACUCGGGAUGGGUAUGCCAAGCGCAGGGUUAUUGGCGGGCAUGAACCCCAUGCAGAUGAACAUGUUGAACCUACAAGCUCAGAUGAGCGCCAUGGGGAUAAGUUCAAUGACGCCGGAGGCGCAGCUUCUUGCGGCGCAAAUGGCUGCUGGAUUUCCGCAGAACUGGCUAGGCAUUCAACAAGCUGCUGCUAUGCAGCAGAGCAACAACAACAAUAACAGCAGGAGCCGUGGAGGAGGACGAUCCCCUGGGCUUCCGAAGACCGGUUCUUCUGGUGGAAAUAGUGCGAGUAGUGCAGCAAAGAAGGAUGAGGAAGACGUUGACCCCGCGCUGCUUCAUGAUAUCCCGGCUUGGCUCAGGAGCCUGAGGCUACACAAGUAUACGCCUAACUUUGAGAAGAUGAAGUGGCAAGACAUGGUCGUGCUUGACGAGGCGGGCCUGGAGGCCAAAGGUGUUGCCGCUCUCGGCGCAAGGAGGAAGAUGCUGAAGACUUUCGAGAUUGUCCGGAAGAAGAUGGGCAUCGAAGCUCCUAGUGGUUCUUCCAAUAACUCAGGUGGAGAAGAGUCUUAA